AUGCAUUUACCUUCAGAUGACAGCAAAAACGUUUACCUUCUGGAAGCAUACCAUCUUCUACAUUGCGUUGCUGUUAGACGCCGGACUUUCUGGGAAGCUGUCAACCGAGCUGAUGAAUAUACGUUCAAUCCGCCACACUCUGCCCACUGUAUCGAUACCUUACGCCAAUAUGUCAUUUGUAAAGCUGAUUCUACACCAACGUAUCUAUACGGUGACGACACCGCAGGGGACGAGCAGUAUCGCAAAUGUCAGGACUGGAAUUCCCUAAGACAAUUUGCUACGGACCACUCUGCCUGCUACAUGGAUACUCCGCGGGUUGCAGACCCAGACACCUUCCCCUUUGGAGCGCACUUCGGGCAUUGCGAUGAUGGAACUGACGGGGUUGUGGAAGGCGAAAGGAGGGGUAACUGGAAGCAUGGAGCCGUAUGGGACGGCCCAGAUGCAUAA